AUGGCAAGCGUGGCAACCCAGACAAGGUCCAGAUCACAGUUGAUUCAACGGAGAUCCAGCCGCCAGGCUUCGUCCCGGGACAGACAUGGCAAGAUCUUUGAAGAGACGGAACAUACCACCAUCCGCGCUGUGACGCCAGACUAUAUCACGCCUCGCGCCGACUCUUUCGAUGCUAGUCACAUCCACUCCCCAGUACUGCAGCCCACGCGCACACGGCAUUCACAAAGGAGACGGGAAACCUCCGCAUCCGCCUCGAACACUGAGGAAGACAGUACUAUCGAGAGAAGACGGCGGAGGGCACAGACAAGAACAAGUACCAACGAAGAAGUGCCGGUGGAUAUUUCCCCCGGGUCCUUCAUCACUAAAACUCGCAAGAGGCUCGGGUCCAUAGCCACAGGCCUACCCAUUCUCCCUCCUGAUGAGGCUCAUGGGUCAAUCGGGUUUCCCUCAGUGGUACAAAGUCCAGAACACUUGGACCAACACGGUCCACCCAAAACUCCACGUCGGCCAUUUUCUCCCGAUGACUCCUUCGCCGCAAGCGCAAACAGUCUUCGGUCUCCCAAGCUGCUCGAUAUCGAUUCCGGCAAAAUUCUCCAUCUCAUGAAAACUACCUGUGGUCGAAUGCAUGGCAUCCUUUUCUUUAGAGCACUGCAUACGACGGCAUGGGCUUCUGGCUACUGUGCUAUUAACGUGGCGCCUGGUAGUCUGGUAUGCCAGACCAAGGGCGAAAUCCACCAGUCUAAGGUAUUAAUACCAGAUCUGCGGGGCUGCACCGUCAGGACUCACUACGACCAUGAAUCCCAAAGCACGUAUCUGAGUGUUCUAAUCGCAUCCUCAGGAACUGGCUAUCAGCUCCGACCUCCAGUGCCUGAAACUUUCGACUCGUGGCUCGCAGCUCUGUUGUGUUGGCAACCAUUGAGACCGAAGGGCAUACAUAACAAGAUGACCAAGCCUCAACCAGUUGGAAUCGCCGACAAAAAGGCAGUCUCGCAGAGGCGUCUUUCCGAUCUCACGAAUCCGAAAGCCACAGCUAUAGUGAAAGUGGGUAAGAUGUUAAUCUGGGACGGACCAUUGCCUUCGGGAUCUCAACUCGAAUCAUCACCCAGCAGCAUUGGCCGGUCAAUGACAGAAGAAAACUAUCUCUGGCGCAGAGUGAGCUGCACUCUCCACGAAAAUGGCACAUUUCGCCUACUUAGCGAGGUCGAUAGUCGGGUGCUGUCGGUAACACCAUUGUCGCAGCUUUCUCGCUGUGCAAUUCAGCGACUCGAUGAAAGCGUGCUGCGGAUGCCACAUUGCAUCGCGAUCUAUCCUCAGUAUCGUGUCCAAACCCCUGUUGUAGGGCUUUCGAGACCGAUGGUAUUAUGCUUAGAAUCCAAUGUCGCACUCGAAGCUUGGUUUGUCUUACUGCGAGCCCUGACUGUGCCGGAGUUAUAUGGUCCAGAACAACUAUCUCCCGAAGAUGCACAGGCUUUAUCGCAACCAUCGCAACCAUCGCAACAGAGUGACAACAUCUCUGCGCCGGGCAUGUUUCGGAUAGAGCGAUCCCUCUCAAUCAAGAUAACUGAGGCAAAGUUUACCCAGCGAUCGGCCCCAGCGGACACCUAUGAAUACAGCAAGGCAAAGGCAAAAUCAGCAAAGGUUGAGCAAAACAAAGAAGGGGUAUACGCGGAGAUCAUGCUGGGUAAGGACUUACGAGCCCGGACAACGACCAAGCAGACGGUUUCUUCAGCUUUUUGGGCAGAGGAGUUCAAUUUACCAGACAUUCCCGCAUCUUUAUCCAAGAUCACCAUCGCGGUUAAGCUUGGAAACCCUGCAGAGAAGGAAUGGACGAUGGUCGCUGAUAGCCUCUACGAUAUCUCGGCAGACGCUGGAUACCUUUCCGGCCUCGGCGGCCUGGAGAUUUCGUCCCACGAUCCGAUCUUUGGGAGGGUGGAUGUAUCGAUUGAUGAACUGGAGCGUAGUCACACCAUCGAGAAGUGGUGGCCUUUAUUGGACAACAACGAUCAUUCUGUCGGCACGGUCCUGGCCCGGUUAUCACUGGAGGAGACGGUGAUUUUGAUGGAGGCAGAGUACGCAGAAUUUGCCAAUCUUCUGCACAACUACACGAAUGGCUUAACAACACAAAUUGCUCAUCUCCUUGGGCCUGAUCUUCGGCAACUGUCCGACAUCCUCCUGGACAUUUUCCAGGCAUCGGGUAACGCCACUGACUGGAUCAACAAUCUUGUAGAGGAAGAAAUUGACGGCAUCUACAAGGACACUCCCCCAAUGCGAAUGCGCUUCAGUGGCCGAAUCCAUUCCAACGACUCGUACGAAUCGGCCGAGCAGAGAGAAAUGCUAGUUCGUGACCUCAGUCGAUCGGCUGCGAUGGAGGCCAACUUGCUUUUCCGAGGCAACUCACUCGUAACCAAGGCACUCGAUGCCCACAUGCGCAGGCUGGGCAAGGACUAUAUGGAGGAAGUCCUAGGUGAAAAAUUGCGCAAGAUUAUCGAAAGGGAUCCCGACUGCGAAGUCGAUCCCAGCCGGGUCCGAUCGCAAGAGCAGCUCGACAAGAACUGGGCGAACUUGCUAUUCCUCACCAGCCAAAUCUGGAAAUCGAUCUAUCUCUCCGCGGCCCGGUGUCCAAUGGACUUGAGGGUUGUUUUUCGCCAUGUCCGGUCCUGCGCAGAGGAUCGAUAUGGCUCUUUCAUCCGGACGGUCAAGUACACGAGCGUCUCUGGUUUUCUUUUCCUUCGUUUCUUUUGUCCUGCAAUCUUGAAUCCGAAACUCUUCGGCCUGAUCCAGGAUUACCCCCCUGACCGCACGAAGAGGACUUUUACAUUAAUCGCGAAGUCCCUCAAUGUCCUUGCAAACCUGGCACGAUUUGGGACCAAAGAACCUUGGAUGGAGCCCAUGAAUAAGUUUUUGGCGGCAUCAACGAACCAGUUCAGAGCCUUCAUCGACGAAAUAUGUGCUGUGAGCUCCUCUCAGAUAGCUUCGGCUAAACUCGAGCCUCAAUAUGCGGCGCCAAACCAGAUACGCGGUCGACUUUCAGCUCUGUCCCGAGAGGGGCUUCCUAGCCUUCCAUACCUCCUGGACCAUGCAAAGCUAAUGGCACAGCUCAUUGACCUAUGGGUUACGCAUGCCCCUGAAAACAUUAGCGAUGCGACCGACGACGAGGCUGUACAAGCGUUUCAUGCGGUCUGCGUGAGGCUCUCGCAGAGGAGCAAAGAAUGCUUCAAGGCCGCGGAGCAAGCUGAACGGCCUGAUGAAAAGUCGGAACAUACCUGGCAACGGCUCCUCUCAGACCAGCAAAAUUCUAUAUCGCCGAGCAGGACUUUUGAAGAAUCUCUGCUGAGAUCACACAGAGACACCGAGAUCACGGCUCUUCCCCAAACGACAGACACCGUGGCAGAAGUAGAAUACAGGAAUGCCGAGCUUUCUCCAGUUGUCGGAGAAGGCGAUACGACACCAUCAAGCUCAGCAUCGGCGUGGGAAAGACGGAUUCCCUACCCUCACCGGGCAACAGAGGCCCGAACAAUGACAGACUCGACGAAUUCAUCGACCGAUGCAGUUGAUAUGGUUGAAGAUGCUCGGCGGCCGAUGUCCAGCAGCCGCGAUGGGCCAACAAAAAGCCGUCUGUUUGAAUUAAUGAGUUCUUCUUCGCGGCGGAGAGGAAAAGCCGGGGACCGCGCUUAUGUGGACGACGACGGGCACGAAGUUUGA